CAAAAUAUAAUAUCUUUAUCAUUAAUCAUGUCUGGACGUGGCAAAACCGGCGGCAAGGCCAGAGCCAAGGCCAAGACCAGGUCUUCCCGUGCCGGCCUGCAGUUCCCAGUGGGUCGCGUCCACCGUCUGCUCCGCAAAGGCAACUACGGCGAGCGUAUCGGCGCCGGUGCUCCUGUCUACCUGGCAGCAGUGCUGGAGUAUCUGACCGCUGAGAUCUUGGAGUUGGCGGGAAACGCAGCCCGUGACAACAAGAAGACCAGAAUCAUCCCCCGUCAUCUUCAGCUGGCUGUCCGCAACGACGAGGAGCUCAACAAACUCCUCGGAGGUGUGACCAUUGCCCAGGGCGGUGUGUUGCCUAACAUCCAGGCUGUUCUGCUGCCCAAGAAGACCGAGAAGGCCGCCAAGAAUCAAUUGAUAAUCAUGUCUGGACGUGGCAAAACCGGCGGCAAGGCAAGAGCCAAGGCCAAGACCAGGUCUUCCCGUGCCGGGCUCCAGUUCCCAGUGGGUCGCGUCCACCGUCUGCUCCGCAAAGGCAACUAUGGCGAGCGUAUCGGCGCCGGUGCUCCUGUCUACCUGGCAGCAGUGCUGGAGUAUCUGACCGCUGAGAUCUUGGAGUUGGCGGGAAACGCAGCCCGUGACAACAAGAAGACCAGAAUCAUCCCCCGUCAUCUUCAGCUGGCUGUCCGCAACGACGAGGAGCUCAACAAACUCCUGGGAGGUGUGACCAUUGCCCAGGGCGGUGUGUUGCCUAACAUCCAGGCUGUUCUGCUGCCUAAGAAGACCGAGAAGGCCUCCAAGAAGUAGACUAUUUCACCUCCUAAU